CAACGUUAGGUGAGUCGACUCCCAAUAAAAUCGGAAGAAACAGACGGACAUCGAGAGAGAGAGAGGGCGAGAGAGAGGACGCGGGGAUAAAAGAGCAAAAAGACCUUUCGCGCUCGAACCAUUCUCCUCUCCUUCCAACCCUCUCUUCUGCCAUUUCCCGUACAAAACCCUUACAAAAGACUCCUCUCACCAUCCACAGAAAUCAACGCUCGCAUUGAAAUGGGGCAGCCCUCGAUCCCUCCGACGAUACCGUCGCCGCCCCAGCCACCGCUUCUCCCCGGAAGCCACCAGGUCCGAUGCGCCGGCUGUCACUGUAUCCUGACCGUCGCCGCUGGCCUCACCGAAUUCAGCUGCCCCAAGUGCCAGCUCCCCCAGAUGCUCCCCCCUGAGCUGAUGCAGGCCCUGCCGCAGGUCCCCAUGCAGGUCCCCGCGCAGGGUAUCGAUCCCACCAAGAUCCAGCUCCCCUGCGCCCGUUGCAAGGCUAUCCUCAAUGUUCCCCACGGCCUUGCUCGCUUCGCCUGCCCGCAGUGCGGGAUCGACCUCGCUGUUGACGUUUCCAAGCUCCAGCAACACUUCCCCACCCCACCGCCCUUCGUCCCUCCUGAAGAAGUCAAUGAGGUCGCCAUAGAUGUGGAGCGAGAAGAAGAUGAAGGUGGGACGGUUGGAGAAACAUUUACCGACUAUCACCCUCCCAAGCUAUCUAUUGGUCCUCCCCAUCCAGAUCCUGUUGUAGAGACGUCUUCCUUGUCGGCAGUGCAGCCUCCAGAACCUACCUAUGAUCCAAAAAUAAAGGAGGACUUGGAAAAUUCUAAAGCAUUGUCAUGUUUGCAGAUUGAGACAAUAGUUUAUGCUUGUCAGAGGCACCUUCAGCACCUUCCAAAUGGUGCAAGGGCAGGCUUCUUUAUAGGCGACGGAGCUGGUGUAGGUAAAGGGCGAACAAUUGCCGGAUUGAUAUGGGAGAAUUGGCACCAAGGAAGACACAAAGCAUUGUGGGUUUCUGUUGGUUCAGACCUAAAGUUUGAUGCACGGAGAGAUUUAGAUGAUGUGGGUGCAAUGAGUGUUCAAGUGCAUGCUUUGAACAAGCUACCUUACUCUAAGCUUGAUUCAAAGUCUGUCGGUGUCCGGGAUGGAGUUGUUUUCUUAACAUACAGCAGCCUUAUAGCAUCAUCUGAGAAGGGUCGUUCUCGUUUGCAGCAGCUGUUGCAAUGGUGCGGGUCAGAAUACGAUGGUCUUGUGGUGUUUGACGAGUGCCACAAAGCCAAAAAUCUGAUUCCUGAAGCUGGAGGGCAAUCAACUCGAACGGGUGAAGCAGUUCUUGAGAUCCAGGCCCGCUUACCUCAAGCUCGUGUCAUCUAUUGCUCAGCAACUGGUGCAUCAGAGCCACGCAAUAUGGGUUACAUGGUUCGGCUUGGACUUUGGGGGACGGGAACAUGUUUCUCUAAUUUUCAUGAAUUCCUAGGGGCUCUUGAUAAAGGUGGUGUUGGAGCACUAGAGCUUGUUGCCAUGGACAUGAAGGCAAGGGGUAUGUAUGUAUGUCGUACACUCAGCUACAAAGGAGCAGAGUUUGAAGUUAUUGAAGCCCCAUUAGAAGCAGAAAUGAUGGACAUGUAUACAAAGGCAGCAGAAUUUUGGGCAGAAUUACGGGUCGAAUUACUUUCAGCGAGUGCAUUUUCUGAGGAGAAGAAAAAUCCUAAUCCAGUGUGGCGACUGUACUGGGCAAGCCAUCAGCGUUUCUUCAGACACAUGUGCAUGUCAGCGAAGGUUCCUGCAGCUGUGAGGCUGGCGAAGCAAGCUUUGGUCGAAAACAAAUGUGUUGUCAUUGGUCUUCAGAGUACUGGAGAGGCAAGAACUGAGGAAGCUGUGACAAAAUAUGGCCUCGAACUGGAUGAUUUUGUGUCAGGUCCUCGAGAACUUUUGCUAAAACUGGUGGAAGAAAACUAUCCUUUGCCUCCAAAGCCUGACACUGGGCCAGAUGAAAGUGUUAAGGAGCUUCAACGAAAGAGGCACUCUGCAACUCCUAAUGUCUCAUUCAGAGGAAGGGUAAGAAAAGUUGCUAAAUGGAAAGCUGAAAGUGAUAUUGACAGUGAUGAGGAAUCCCUAUCUGAAUCAGACCACGAAUCAACCGAGUCUGAUGAUGAGUUUCAAUUUUGCGAGAUUUGCAGUAAUGAAGAGGAAAAGAAGAAGUUGCUUCGUUGUUCCUGUUGUGGACGAUUAGUUCACCCUACUUGUUUAGUGCCUCCAUUGACAGAGCUACCGCCUGAGGAUUGGUCAUGUCAUUCAUGUACGGAAAAGACAGAAGAGUAUCUUCAGGCAAAACAUGCGUACGUAGCUGAGCUCUUGAAAAGGUAUGAAGCAGCUAUGGAGCGCAAAACAAAAAUUUUGGAGAUAAUUCGUUCUUUGGAUCUCCCAAACAAUCCCUUGGAUGAUAUUAUUGAUCAGCUUGGAGGCCCUGAUAAUGUUGCAGAAAUGACAGGCAGGCGGGGUAUGCUAGUUAGGGCUACUAGUGGAAAAGGUGUGGUUUAUCAGGCGAGGAACACAAAGGAUGUUGCCAUGGAAAUGGUCAAUAUGAAUGAGAAGCAACUGUUUAUGGAUGGUAAGAAACUGGUUGCUAUAAUUUCUGAAGCCGGAUCAGCUGGUGUUUCUUUGCAAGCAGAUAGAAGGGCGAAAAAUCAGAGAAGAAGGGUUCACUUAACUCUUGAACUUCCCUGGAGUGCUGAUCGAGCGAUUCAACAGUUUGGAAGAACUCAUCGAUCAAAUCAAGCCAGUGCACCUGAGUACAGGCUUCUCUUUACUAAUCUUGGAGGUGAACGCCGGUUCGCUUCUAUUGUUGCAAAGAGAUUGGCGACUCUUGGAGCCUUGACGCAGGGAGACCGCAGGGCGGGGCCAUCCUUGAGUGCUUAUAAUUAUGACAGUAAUUAUGGAAAGAAGGCCCUGAUGAUGAUGUAUAAAGGAAUAAUGGAUCAGGCUUCUCUACCAGCUGUACCUCCUGGAUGUUCAUCUGAAAAACCAGAAACCAUACAUGGUUUCAUUAUCAAGGCAAAGGCUGCUCUUGUGUCUGUUGGAAUAAUCAGGGAUACAGUUCUAGGCAAUGGAAUGGACGCAGGAAAAGUUUCUGGCCGUAUAGUUGAGUCAGACAUGCAUGAUGUUGGUCGUUUCCUUAAUCGGCUUUUAGGAUUGCCUCCUGACAUCCAAAAUAGGCUCUUUGAGUUUUUCAUCAAUAUCCUUGAUCUCCUAGUUCGUAAUGCACGCAACGAAGGAAAUUUUGACUCAGGAAUUGUUGAUAUCAAGGCUAACAUUAUUCAACAACAAGGACCGCCAAAGACUGUUCAUGUGGAUCAUAUGUCUGGAGCCCCUACAGUAUUGUUCACAUUCAUUGUCGAUCGUGGACUCACUUGGGAAGCUGCAACUAACCUGCUUAAUGAUAAGAGAAAAGAUGGACUUGAGAAUAGCAGUGAUGGAUUCUAUGAAUCUAGAAGGGAAUGGUUUGGUAGAAGGCACUUCCUGUUAGCAUUUGAAGGUUCAGAUUCAGGAAUGUUUAAAAUAUUUCGUCCAGCUGUUGGAGAAGCCUUGAGGGAGAUGCCUUUAUCGGGUCUCAAAAAUAAAUACAGAAAGGUGUCUUCACUUGAUAAGGCUCGUAAAGGUUGGGAAGAUGAAUAUGAAGAAUCAUCUAAACAGUGCAUGCAUGGGCCCAAGUGCAAACUCAGCAGUUAUUGUACAGUUGGCAGACGAUUACAAGAAGUAAAUGUUUUGGGUGGCCUCAUUCUUCCUGUUUGGGGAACUAUUGAGAAAGCCCUCUCGAAGCAGGCUCGUCAAAGCCAUAGGCGGCUCCGUGUUGUUCGUUUAGAGACUACAACUGACAAUCAGCGGAUAGUUGGGCUUCUCGUUCCAAAUGCAGCAGUGGAAUCAGUUCUCCAUGAUUUAUCAUGGGUCCAGGAGAUCGAUGAUUGAGAUUAUAACAGUCGCAGAGACAUUUUGCAUUCGGGUUGAUGGCCUGAUCAAACGAUGCUAGGCACCAUGCCACCUCCAUAAAUAUAUGCCACAGCUUUACGUGUGCUUGAGCCAGCAAUGCUCACAAGAUCAAUCCAACCAGCUGAAGCAUUCAUGUAAAACAAUUUGCUUGAUUUUUUGUUUUUGUCUUUUUUGUUUUUUGUUUUUUGUUUUUUGUUUUUUUUUUUGGAUGUCUUGUAAAUCAUCAACAUCAUCAGACAACUUCCCAAGAGAAGAAAAGGAACAUUGGUAUGAUGAACAACACAAACACUACAAUUUAUUCAAAAUGAAAUGCAAGAGCCUAUAUAUUCAAGUUUUUAUUA